AUGUCCCACAUUGCCACCAUAGCUAUCGCUUAUUUCUUGAUUACACUGGUUCAUGCAUCUGAUACGGAAGAGAAUGACGAAGUUCCUACAGAUGUCCCUCACAAUCCAUUUGGGUCAAAGAAGGAAUACGAGCGUCCUACAAGAAAGAGUGAAAGAGUAGCGGAAAGAGAGGAGGUGGUCUCCUCAAAGAAUAAUUGGGGUUUCCACGAUGGCCUAACGGAAUGGCCAGAACGGGACAGUAAGGAAAUUAGGACGAAAAUGUCACAAAAAGUUGCUACAACAACGCCAUAUUAUGAAGAAGUCGACCCAAAUCGCAAUGGUUUAUUAAAGGACAUUGGAACAAUAAAUGUGGGUUUCGGUGUAGGAGUUGGUGUACCUGGCAAUGAUCCAGUUAGCGUUGGAACAAGGGUUGGCGUUGGCUUCGGAGCUUCCGGCUUGGCUGGACAACUACCAAUCGGUCAGAAUAUCUAUCCGAGACAGGUGCGAACCUUCCCUCAUUAUCACUUGACACUGUCCUUUCUUUUCUUUUUGUUCUUGGACUUUGAAUUCGGAGAAUGUUUAUGUGCGCUGAUCAUAUAG